AUGGCCCGCUUGCAUCGGCUUGAAGGCGACUCGCACUUGCAUCCACACGUCGACGCCUCAACCCACACGGGCCCCUCCUCGCUGACUGUGAAUCUCCCCUCAAUCUCCACUCCGUCGCCGCUGGACGACGGCGACAAGAAGUUUAUGCCGAUGCCGCCGCAACGCAGCAGCAAGCCCCACUCCAAGAAGAACACGCAGCUGAGUGAUAGCCGCAUCCACCUGGAGCCGCUUCGUCCGCCGACAGCAGGAACGGUUGCCAGUGGGCGGGUAAGCAGCACGAGGCUCACGGUCAGUUCGUCGUCGGGCAGAGUCUCCUGGGACUCGACUGUGAUGGAACCAGGCAGCACCGUAUCGGAAAACCUCAGCGCCUUCCAGGAGCUGGAUCGCAAGCUGCAGUUCUACAAGACGCUCGCCGCCCUGAAGAUGCGAGACGCGGCGCAGUCGGAGCAGGCUUUACAGAAGACGCUCACCUCGUUACUCUUUGCAGCAGCCACGGCACUGGAUGCUACCGUUGUGGUGCUUUAUUCGCUGUCAACGGCCGAGGUUCCGGUGGUGAAGGUUGUAGCCUGCUCCACCUCAACAGCUGUGAACUUUCAAACCUCGCUAGAGAACUUCGCCUUGCGAGGCCUUGUUGAGCAUUUUAGCAUCCACGACGAUGGAGCACCAACCACAGGACCCGCGGCCACGUACGUUGCGUGCCUGCAAAACUUGGGGACAUACGAUCUCGCGUGCGAUGUGGACUCGGUGCUGGGCUUUUCGACCGCCAGCGUGCUGGCUGGAGUACUGCCGGAUGAGCACGGACGACCGCGUUUUGUGGUGGAGGCGAGGAGUACCCAAGAGGGGCUGUCGUUCUCGAAGGAAUUCAUGCAAGCCACGCUCACAGCAGUCGAGAACGCUGUGUAUCCGUUCGAAUUGCGGCGGGCACUAGCGCGGCACACUCAAUCUGAAGCGGCGGAGUGGUUACACGCCCCAGACAUCGGACACUUGGCAGCGGAGAUUACAGCGGCAGCCCCGGUUGUGUCGGGGGUCUGUCUGAUUGAGCUUCACACCGACAAGCACAGCUGCAGCGUGCUUGCUAGUCACGGAUUGGGCUUCGAAGAGAACCACAGGGAAGCUUUCUGCGCCCUCGUUGGCUCUACGAAGGUACUGUUCCAGCGGUUGCUGGGGAGUACUCGGGCUCAUGAACGCUUAGAUCUUAGCGACGAUGCAGCUUUGGGGUCUGCCCUGCACUUGGAGACUGACGUGGAGCACGCGCUGACGUUUUUGCCCGUACCUGCCAGUCGAGGAGCGAACCCGAGCGGCGUUCUUUGCCUUGUGUCAACCUCUGCGGAGACUCUGUCGGAGUCGAUGCUUGAAGUGGAGCCUGAGCUACCGCUUGAAAUUCAGUUACAGCCCAUUCUGGCAGCGAUAGCGCUGGCCCUAGCGGCCAAACAACGAUCAGAUGAUCUGCGCGCGUCGACCCGGCAAAAGCGGCAAUUGCUAGCGCUGUGUCGCUCACACUUCCUAGUGGAAUCGGUUCGUGAUCCCUCGAGCCUCGUGUCGUUGAUCUGCGAGAUCGGCAGUGCCGUGUUCCAUACGGCCCACGUCACGCUCUACGUGUCCGACACGAUCAAGCAGGAGCUCUGGAGUCUCAGCUCUCUCAGCAGCGUCAACGGGCUACGCAUCCCAUACGGACGCGGCAUCGCUGGCCAUGUUGCCGCUACCAAGGAAGCGUUGACUGUAGAUCGACCAUAUGAGGACCCGCGCUUCGACAGGUCUUUCGACGCCAAGUUCGGCUUCAAGACGGAGUGCCUGCUUACUCAGCCCGUGCUGGGGCGUUCGGGCGAGACGGUGGGCGUCCUGCAGGCAGUCAACUUCGGUCAAUUCCCAGCAGCGAGCCCCCCAGUCGCGCGCUAUGAUAACGAGGUGAUGGCGGUCUACCUACGGCUCGUGGCCCAUGCACUGCAUGUGAACUCGUCGCUCAUUAUCUUCGCCAAGGUGCAAGCCGAUUACUGGGCGAAUCGCGCCGCCCAAGAAUCAACGCGGGAAGACACUGUGGCCAAUGCUGAAGGCAAAUUCAGCAGUGCUGCGGCUGGCACGGGCAGCGCGGACAUUGGUCUCGAUGCGAAACUCGAGGUGGCCAGUGUGCACUCGCUGCUGGAUCUGAGCGGCUUUGACGAGGCCAAGCGUAUUCCUAGAAACAAGUGGAGCACCUUUGCCUACGCUUGCUGGGCUCUGGGACGCUUGAUCGCGCUGCGUCGGAUGGCUAGGUUGCGGCUGCAGCAGCUAGCCCAAAUGCGCCGUGAGAGAGCUGAACAGGGUCAACGUGAUGACGAUGAAGACGACAGUGAUGACACACAGGAAGAGGUCGAAAAGCCCGUCGUUCGCGCUCGUGUCCGAAGUCGUACGGCUUCUGUCGUACGAGCGAGCCGCACUCACUCCCUCAUCACGCGAUGGCAUCGGAUGACAAUGGGGCAGGAAGGUCUUGAUCACGUGGACGAGUUACUGCGUGACAGCUUCGACCCUCUCACGAAGUCGAUCUCGGAGCUGGAGAAGUAUUCGUACCAAUUGUUCGAGGGGCUGGUGCUCAUCGGCACUUUUCGCAUCGAAGAGCAUGCGCUGCGGGCGUUUAUCGGCGAGCUGGCCAGCAAAUACCGCGACGUGCCGUACCACAGCUUCUAUCACGGCUUCGACGUGGCUUUGGCCUCGUACGCGCUCAUGCGCUCGGGCGAGGUGCUCUCGGUCAUCAAGGAACUGGAGGCUUUGAGCUUGCUGAUUGCCGCGCUGGGUCACGACGCGGACCACCCGGGCAACGACAAUCAGUUCGAAGUGGACUCGAACUCGGCACUAGCGCUCUGCUACAACGACAUCUCGGUGCUUGAAAACCACCACGCGGCCACAACGUUUUCGGUGCUUCGGAUGAAAGGCUGCGAUAUCCUCCGCGACCUGAGCGCCGUUGCCCGCGUGUCGGCUCGAACCCACAUCGUGCGCUGCAUUCUCGGCACCGACAUGAAGCACCACACCAAACUCUUGUCGGAGCUGGCCGUCGUUGGGUCCAUCCAAGAGUUCGAGAACGUGCCCGAAGGUCGACAGCUCAUGCUCAACAUGAUCAUCCACGGCGCCGACCUUGGGUCGGUGGGGCGGCCGCUGCGCGUGGCGCUCAAGUGGGUGGAGCGCGUGUGCACCGAGUUCACGCAGCAAGCGGAGCGGUCCGCCGAGCUUGGGCUGAACGUGCCGCCGCACCUGCUCAACCUGCAGGACGAGACCACCCGCUGCCGCCUGCAGAUGAACUUCAUCGACUACCUCGUGGCGCCGCUCUGGGUGGCGAUCAGCGGCCUCGUUCCAGCGGCGAAGACAACGCUCGACAACCUGCGCACCAACCGACUGUACUUCAGCGAGCAAGCCACGCUAUCAGCCGCCAAGACGCAUAGCUAG